AUGCUGAAGGACACGUACCUCCGAAAGGAGAAGGAACUGCUGACCGAGAUUGAAAUGAUGCAAGACAAAAACGAUGUUCUAUCGAACUUGCUGGAUAUCGUCAACGAACGAGCCGAGGAAGCCGAGAAGGAAUUGGAACGGUUGUGCAAGUCGUCGUCAUCACAUUCAGAACGGAGUGCAUCCAACGUAAGUGCCCUAAGCGAUGCAAGCGUUGGCAGUGACGACGUCUUCCUUGUACCGCCAUCACCGGGGGGCACUCGCGACAAACACGAAAAUGACGAUGAUAUUAUUAAUAAAGACUGGGAGAACCAGUUCCGGAAGCGUGUUGGUUGCCUAGAGCGUUUGUUGGCCGAGGAACGAACAAAGGUUCUGGCUGCAGAGAAGAAACUCAGAAUGACUGCUACAGACACCAUCUCGACCGGGUUGGCUGACGAUGCUAAGCUCCAUUUACGAGAGAAGGAACUUUUACAGAACGAGUUAUUAGAAAACCAGAAGCAUAUGCGUAUAGCCAGUGACCAAAUCAGCGGUUUACGAGAACGUCUCCAGAUUUUGGAAGAGGAAAAUCAACGACUAAAAGACGAUUACAAGAAACUCGAAUCAGAAAUUGAAACAGGUCAAGAUGGAGCCCCUGGUAAAGGCCGAAGUAGCCCCGAAGUUCGAAGUAAAAAACUGCAAGAAGAGAUUUCUCGAUAUAAAGAACAAAUCCAGUCCCUCACUGAAGAUUGCGUCAAGUACAAACUGAAAGCUGAAGAAUUAGAGUACAAGAUCGACGGAUACAAAGAGAAUAUCGAAGAACUUAAGAAACAGUGCAAUAAAUACAAAAUGCAAGCUGAGGAAUUAGAGUGCAAAGUUGAAGAGCUUAAUGAAAUUUGGCGAUCGAAAAGUGCUGCAUCCGAAAAAGAAAAAUCAAGCCUAGAAAUUCGUCUUAAAAGUAAAAUCCUCGAUCUAAGAUCAAAGGAAGAUAUUCUACUCAAACUACAAAAAACUGUUCAAGUCAAAUCAGCGUCACUCAACGAAAAGGAGCGGAUCAUCAAAGCGAAAGAAGGCGCCAUAACCACACGGGACGAAGUGAUCAAGGAACUGGAAGAAAUCGCCAAACAACGCGACAACGAUUUCCAGACUCUCCUUGCCCAAUUGGCCUCGCAAGACGAGAAUGUUAAAAAGUUGAGGGAAUCAUUAAGACAAAGAGACGAGAGAUUACGAGAAAAAGACGACAUGCUGCAAAAGUUGAAUAUAAGCAUUGACAAAAAGCACGACGAGGUGAAAAACUUGGACAACGCCGUACGCGACUCCAUAACGAGACUGACUCAGAAAGAAGAGGAGUUAAAGCGUCUACGCACUCACGUCACUGAAGUUGAGAGCAUGCGCCCUCAGAGCGAGACAGACGAACAGAAAGAGAAUUACGCGCUAAAGAAUAAAUUCACUGAGCUUUUGCAGUCGGUUCAGCGGUUGACAGACGACAAGGAGACAUUGUGUCGUGAUAUGAGUCUCCUUCGGAACACGCUCAACGAUAAAGAGACAAAAUGGAACGAGGAGAAGAACGUAUUGCAAUCAAAGAUCCGGACCUUGAAUGAGAGGUUGACCAACGUCACCAAGACGGCCAUGAUGAACGAAAAAGACUCGAUGCGAGUCCUACGUCAGGAUAACCAGAAUAUGAUUGAAGAGAAAAGUAGGUUGAAUCACGAGAUCAGGAACUUACGUCAAGAAUUAGACGAGAAACAGAAGCUGCUGGAUGCCCAGGCUGAAAUCGGUAACGCCCUGGAAGCAAAGAAAAAACAAGUCGAGGAACUGGUCACCCGGAGUAAAAAUCAACAACAGGAAAUUAGCAACUUAGAAUCCCAGGCGACGUUGGCGUUUCAAUUGCAACAACAGGAAAGAAUGCGCAAGUCAGAACAACUUGCAAUGAAAGUACGCUACGAAACCAAACUAGAGAAGAUACAGAGGGAUUACAACCAAUUGCUGAUCAACUCGGAGCGGGUAUCCAGGGAGAAAGAGCUACAACAGGAAAUCAUUAAAGGUGUACAGCGUGGAAUGAGCAACUUGAAAGAUAAAUACACACAAGAGAAAUCAAGAUGGAAGACUGAUAAGGAACAAUUUGAACAAAAGGCCAACGAGGCCGAAGCAGGUCAGAACCAGGUUUCUCAACUGAAAAGUAAAAUCGAAGACCUUCAGCUGCAAGUAGAAGAUAAGGACCGAAUGUUGAAUGAACAGAGUAACAAAUUCGCAACUGAAAAGGCAACUUGGGAGAUCGAACGUUCGGAAAUCCAAACACAUAAUAAUCGGCUUGAAGCUCGACUUGUCCAAAAUGCACAGAAGUCGAAAACAGACGCCAAAGACGAAGAAAAUAGAGCAUUAUGGGAGAAAGAACGCAGCGAACAGAAGAGACUCCUAACGGAGGCACACAAUCUUGCAAUGGACCUGCAGCAGCAGCUCAAAUCACGUGAUGAGGCGCAUUCAAAGGAGAAAAAACAGUUACUGAAUCGGCUUGAGUCGGAACGAAUCAGUUGGGAGAGGAAAAAAUCAGAGUUAGAAAAACGAAUUACGGGGAUGGAGGAGUGUGGACGGAAGCUGUCCGAAUUGCAAAUCAAGUACCAAGAUCUCCAAGAGACCAAUCUAAAAGACCAGCAGGUGUGGUUAGUGGAGAAAAACGAACUGGUUCGACAGAUGACCGAACAAAGACAGCGUUUAAUGAAAGACAACCGAAAAAUCGAAGAUGUCUUGCACCAGUUGACUCACAUAAAGACUUUACUGGAAAAGGGUGGAGAAGUUGAAGUCAAUGCGAAUAUUGUCAGCCCGCCCUCUAGUGGCAAAAGGAAAACAAGCAAACAAGACAGAACUUCGACCAACGAGGAACACGAUCUUCUGAAUUGUUGGCAAGAGGUUUCGUUUAUAGUUCAGAAUACCACGCAUGAUCUCUAUCGGUACAUGGAAAGCAGAGAUAAAGAGACACAAUCACAGAUCAGACGGAGUCUCUCCAGUACGCAAUUAGAACUGAGUAAAGAACUGGAAAAUAUUUUGGGUGCUGACACUGCAGCCAAUUUGUUAUUACCUGUUCCAAAUGCCGAAGGUGGUCGCAUCACCCGAAGCCGUACGAGUGAAGCCCUACAAACAAUGACCAUUACGAAUACGUCAACUGAAUACUUAAGUGGCAACGUUGACAGCCAUAUAUCGCGCUCACCCUCUCCAUCACUUUUCAUCCCUCGCAGUUUGGCCUCAAGGGACAAAUCACCGUCCCGAUCGCCGACACGCCUCAAGCCGACCACCUCAAAGACGUUAAUCAAAAGCAUCUCUGUAGAUACACCUGAAGCCAUUUACACGGUGUCGACGAGCAAGAGAGACGCGUCCCCGGUGAGGCCGCCUCCAUCUCCGGCCACUUCGGUGGUUUCACUAAACGUAACAUCUAUGUCCACCUCUACUCUACCCCGCAUGGCCUCGCACAAAGGCACAACGGUACCGACAGAAAGUUUGAAGAAAUCGCCCAGCCUUCCUAUCUCGAUGCGAAAGGAAAGUACAGAGUCCGUCUCACCAAUGACAGCUCGCCGGCAGUUUUUCGAAAAACCAAUUUCAGGGUUCACAAUGUCUUUGCCUCGCCCGCCGAAAAUCGGUCACACUAGACAGUCGAGUAUGCCUGAGAACCUAGAAGUAAGACAUACAACUACGACAUCAGAAUUUAAGUCAACGGUAUCUUUCGACGAACAAUUGAAAGUGGCAGAUCCUAAAAGUCCGAAAACGCAGAUGGAACCGACAGCGAAGGAAAAAAGGCGAUUUUUCAAAAAGUCGAGCAGUGUGGACAGUCCGGUGAUUAGCACAUUGGCUAAAGCAAGUGUCCAAGCCCAACCUGCAGCCCCGUCCUUAAUGCGACCGUCCGACAUUUUCAAAGCAGUCAAGCAGAAAUUACGACCAACAUUCAAGAAGACGCGAUCCUUUGAUUCCAGUUCCGCGAAAAUAAGUGACGAUGUCACGACUCCGUCAGGAGCCGAGAGUCCACUUGCUGGACCCUCAUCAACGUGGCCCCAGACACCUGACUCGACGCAGGACAGUGUGCCUUCAGCAUUCCAGCCAGUGAUGAUACCGGAUCUUGAACGUGAACCAGAAAGAGGACACAGACAUAGAUCAUCGCACACAGAAGAACAGUCUGACAACGUUGGUGAGUUGACGACGAGUGACAAGCGAAAAGCAUUCAAGAAAUACCGCUCAAAAUCGGCAGACACACGUAGUGCAAGCGAAGACCGAAUCCGUUCCGUCGUUAUACACUCUGAUGUCAUCACACCCGUCAAAGUGUGGGAAUUUAACGAAACACCAGCCUUGAUGGAAGCUACUACUACCACCACUCCUCCUCCCCAUCCCUUUAUCGUUGUUACUGCCACUAUUUUCUCCUCCUCCUUUCUCCUUUUUGCCUGCUUCUGCCCCCCCUCUCUCUCUCUCUCUCUCUCUCUCUCUCUCUCUCUCUCUCUCUCUGUGUGUAACACAGCAAGUAUGAAGCCUUGCUUCAUUUGA